AUAAUGUUAACAAUUAGAUAUAAUUUAUUUAUUACCUGUUUUUUAUUUAGUUUAUAUUUUACAUUAGUUGUAAGCUCAAACGGCGAUAGAACUUCAUUUUUCAAUAAUUGUAUACGCAACUGUGAGAGGCAAAACUGUUCGGCAGAUGGUCUGGAGAUCCAGGAGCAGGCUGUUAAAUACUAUCAGCAGAGUUUAUUUGAUAAAUUGCUGCAAUGGACCUGCCUGGAUGAGUGUCAGUAUGGAUGUAUGUGGCGUACAGUGGAAGCAUUCCAGGAUCGUAAUUGGCCAGUGCCACAAUUUUAUGGAAAGUGGCCAUUUGUCCGAUUCCUGGGCCUGCAGGAACCUGCCUCGGUUCUCUUUUCAUUUUUCAAUUUAGUGGCACAUUUUCGUUGGCUACGAAAAUUUCGCCGUGAAGUCCGACCCGAUAGUCCAUGCUAUAAAAUAUGGCAUUUGUUUUCAGCGGUAGCCAUCAAUGCCUGGAUAUGGUCGAUUGUUUUUCAUGCACGGGACAAUCCUCUUACGGAGUUGCUGGACUACUCAUUUGCCUAUUCCAUGGUUCUAAUGACACUAUACUGUAUGGUAAUGAGAAUGCUGUACAAACAUUCCUGGCUAAUAAAGGCCUUUAUCUCCUUGGCAUUUUUAUCCUAUUAUAUAAAUUAUUUUGCCUAUAUAACAAUGGGACGAUUUAGUUAUUCCUUGAAUAUGACAACAAAUGUUGUGACAGGCAUCUUAAGCGCUAUGGGCUGGUUCCUUUGGUCAUUUCGGGUGCGUAAACAACGACCAUAUUACCGUAAAAUCUUAGCCUUCUAUUUACUCUUGGGCAUGAGUAUGAGUCUAGAGCUAUUAGAUUUCCCGCCCAUAUUGUGGAUAUUAGAUGCCCAUGCUUUAUGGCAUUUAUCUACGGUAUUCAUAAUGAAUCCAUUGUAUAGUUUUGCCAUUGAUGAUUGUAGACUUUUGCGUACGGAAAAGUACUAUGAAUUAGUUGGUUUUGAUAAAGAGAUUUGAAUUGAAUGAAAACAAA